CGGAACUGAAUAUUUGACCUACGGUGACCUUUUCUGGCAUGAUCAACAUGAUCCAGUCGUCUUGUGGAUCGAUGUGAAUAAAUGAAGGACUACACAUGAUGAUCAUGGGCUAGUAGUUGACCUAUCACUGACCAUACAUUUUCACCAUGCCACGGAUAUUUAUCAACUUCCGAAGCUGUAAUGGCAUCUAUGAUUGUAUGUUGUACAGUCGGGAGCUGGCUCCUGUGCAAUUAGACGAGGGGAGACUGUUCGUCCAGCUUCUCUUCCUCACAGAUAUUUUGGACAUCAAUCUGAAUGACCUGACAUUCUGUUCAAAAGAAAGUGAUUCAAACGUGCGAAAAUCUGAAUCAGGCAGCCAUGAAAGAUGUGCAGCAAAUCAAGGAAUAUUUGGCAAUCCUGAAAAUGAUUCUCAAACGUUUUGUGAAAAUAUUGUCUCACGGACUAGCAUGCUGCAACAAAGUCACGUGUCAUCGCCGUCUUUCUUAGAUAAGCUGGACAGAGAUUUCCCGGAGGAUCAGUCUCUCACUAUUGGUGUAGUCCCAGCUACAAAGUGUGUCGUAUUAAUGGAUGCCCAUCUUGCAUCCUGUGCCGCAUGUGAAGUUCAUCGAAGCAGGAGAUUUAGAAGACGAUUUUUAAAAUUCCUUGCAAGGACAUAUGGGUUUAAGGCUUGUGAUUACGAGCGCAUUGAUUUUUCGGAUUUGAUAUGUGAUCAGUUUCUGACAGUCCCAUACAUGGUAGAUGUGGUAGCUGUGUGGCCAAAUCAAAGGAUUGAUUACCCAUGGGGAAAGCGAAUCUGUGGCCUGGCGGUGAAGCGGAUGUUGUGUGAGGAAGGGAUGGCGUGGCUGUCCACCCUGGGCGGAGGGUACUCGGCACUCGGAGAUUACUUUCAAGUCCAUGCAGUAACUGCGGGGCAGGUGUCGCUGAAGCAGUUUCGGGUCGCCAUGGAGCUCGGGGAUCCAAUCAUGGCCGCCAAAUGCCGGAUAUUCUGGGCCCAAAGCCGUCUUCAACUUGGGUAUUUCAAAGAGUGCAAGAAGAUAGUCAGACGCCAGUACCUGUUUGCCCAUCACGCCAGCAUCAAGGAUGACAGACUCAUCAACAUGUGCCUGGCAGUGUGGGGACGUCUCAAAUAUCUGUACCAGCUCCGCAAACAGAAGCAUGGGACAAGUCCUGCGCCCCUCCCUGGUACCAGCACCAAGGUUCAUAGGACAGGUCACAUGACACUCAUUGAACACAGUGAAAGGAAUCAUGUGAUGUACUCCAGUCACAGUACCAAAAGUCAUGUGACGCCCAACGACGGCAGUAACGAGAGUCAUGUGACUAGAUGACCCCAAAAUGGCCCAAUUUCCAGUUUUUUUUAUAAUAAUGAUUACAGGAAAUAUGUUACAUAUAUACAAAGCAGAUGUAUUUUUUUUACCAUCAGAAAGAACGUAUUUAGUCAACAUCAUCAGAGCUCAUGUAUUUUGUUUGUACCAUCAAAAGUAUUUUUUGGAUAUUUGUCAUCAGACUGACCUCCACAUGAGAUAUCACUUAGGUAAGACCAAACAAUAUCUCCUAGGGGAUAACUCUGCUUUGAAAUUGCAUCACCCUGCUAUGCAGACCAUUGUGACAUCACAAGUUAUCAUCGCCCGGCAUUUACCCAGUUUGAUUCCCCACACGAUAUACAUGUAGCUGGAACAUUUACUCACAUACUCCCUCACCCAUUGCCCAGUUAUGUUUUUAGGUUUGGCACAAAUCCUGGCGCUUUCUCAUGAAACUCUGUGCUUACUGCUGUUUAAAAUCUUCAGGACUUUUUGUGCAUUUGAUUACCAGCUGUUCAACUAACAUGAUGAGGGACUUAAGUUUAAUACCACUUUUUCAACUAUAUCACAAAGUGGGACAGCAUCACUGUAGUGAUGGGUGAUGAAAUAAUCUGUCAAUAAUUUGAAUGGGACAGUCAGCACGUCAUAUCUACUAUCUUGUCUAAUCGGUAAAGAAAAAGAUGUUAAUUUGAAACUAUAGGUACAUACAUUCUUUGUAAUAUUAUUUGAAGAAACAAUUGCACCAGUUGUAAUAAAUUCCCUUUCAUGACGAAGUACAUGUUGAUAUCAUGUGCUGCAUAUAUCAUGUUAGUACCGAGCUGAUAUUGAACCCAACUAAUUCAGUGGUUAUAUAUUGUUAUUAUUUCCUGAUGAGAAUUAGUAAAUGUUCAACAAUCGAUGUGAGAUCUCCGAUUAUUGAUAUGAAUAUUCAGAGCAAUAACCAGCACUGUAUCAAUGGUCUUCACAUUCUACAUAACAUUUCGUGCCCCCUCCUAAUACAUGUUACAUUGUUAUUUUUAUUUGAAAUGAUAUGAAACUGAAUUUUUGGCAAUAUUGGAAACUAUUGUCCCAUCUCCAAUCAUUCAGAGAAUCAAUCCAUCACAUUCGGUACACUAGGAAUAUCCCUCCCGUUAAGACAUGAGUGGUAUAUUUCAGAAUUGACUUCAAUAUUUUUUGUGUUUGUGGAGGUAUAAACUUAAAAACCAGUGUGCAAACUGUGUAAAUCCGCAGAGUGCAAAGUGUGCAUGCUGGUUUUUAUGUUGAUAUCUCCAUAAACUAAAAAAAUAUUGAAGUCAAUCCUUUUGAAUAAAUAUGUCAACAAUAAGUACUUCACAGGCUGCUUAUUUAGUGACUAACAUGUAGACAACGGCAUGAAAUCGGUGACAUCAUGCUGCACAGUAAUGCAACUCAAGCCCAGCCCAUUCUAUAAUCUAUGGAAAAAUAAACACAAAAAAUAUUGCUUGGUUUGCCCAUCAAAUGCCACGGAAGCACUUGCUAUUUAUAUAUUUGAAUGUGAUGAAAACUGUGGUCACUGUUGUUGGACGAUUCAGGGGCCGUAUUCAUAAAGAUUCUCUGAGACUUCUUGAGCACUCUCAGACUUUUCAUGAAUACGUCCCCAGAGUAAUGAGGAUAUCAUACAACAGUCUACCUCACCAGAGUGUGUACAAAGUUCACUUUAUCAUGUGAGCAAGAGAGUAACAUUCUGGAUUUAGGGCUGAGAAUCCUCCACAGAUCUGCAAAUUUUAGUGACCACAAAUUUGUUAAAAUCUCAUGGCUUCCCCCUUAAACACCCCUAGCUUAUGGACCACGCUCCUUUGCAAAGAAGUUUUAGCUGAAAAAGAAAAUAUCCAUUCUCAUCCCUGAAAAUUGAACAUGCAGCAUGUCCAAAUCAAAAUGACAUCAAUUUGCAAGUAAAUAAUUUUUUCAGAUAAUGUACAGUCAUGGUAUUCAUGAGGAAACAUAAUCUCUGUUGAUGAUAUCUUAUUGCAGAGGUGCAUUUGUAGUAAUGUCCACAAUUUAAAUCUUAUAAGAAUGUUCACCACAAUUUGUAUCUCUUAUGAAAGAAUUUCAUAUUAAUCAGUGGAGUAUUUAUAGAAAAACAGCAUGAGAUUUUGUGAUGGGGUAUGCUUUAUCACAACAAAGAAGCGAAAUUGCAUGUUCAUGUGAUAGUUUUGAAUAUAUUUUGCAUAUUUGCAGAACUGAAUAUAUGUGUACGAUGGAAAAUUAUUUUGUUGAGAAGAUUGUCACGGCCUCCUUGCCAUCGUUUAUAAAUUGUUCACUGACUGAUGAAUACUUAUACCCCAUGACUAUAUCCAGGGAUAGAUAUGGUCUGUAGACCAGUGGAAAUAUAGAAGCACAAAUUAUUUAUUUUUUAUACACUUGAAUCGUUGUAUUUAACUCAUGUUGUCUACCCCUGAAAUACAAAUGUUUGCAUGUUGAGAGUUUUGAUUCUUUUCAGUUAUAUACCACUCAAAAAAAGUUAAAGAGCACAGGCUGGGUGAACCAGGAGGGAGGCUGCGUACAUCCCCUUUUCAGACAGUUAAUACCAAUCUGUAACCUGUACCCAUCCCUCAAAGUGUUUUUCUUCACUUCGUAGCUUGGGUGGUGUGCAAUCAUUUUUCAAAUUCGUGGAUCAACUCUGGUAGGCUAGUGGUCAGUGAUGUAGUAGCUUCAGUUCCUUGGUGUAUAUUUUGUAGCAGAGCUUCAAACUGAUUUGCAUAUACAAUGUACUGUUCCUCCAUGAAACAGGGGGCACGGGUGGCCCAGUCAUCUAAGGCGCCGCGAUUCGCUGUGCAGAGUUGCGUCCCUUGUUUCUAGGUUUGUCAGCACCAUACCUGUGCUCGUGGGUUUCACCAAAGUGGUAAACGUCUGAGACCUGCAUCACUUCGGGCUUUCCUCCCACAUUAAGCUGACACGCUGCGAUAUAACUGGAAUACUGUUAAAAGCGGCUUUAAACCCAACUCCAUCAAACAUGAAUUGCAGCCGCUAUGCAGUGAAGGAGUGAACUGACUGUAAAAGUCCAGUUUACACCCUUGCCGAACUAGGCUGGAAUUUUUGGGUUCGACUGUAGCGUCAUCAGUGGCUAUUACGAGUUAUGUCCCUUGUAUGUCCCUCCCACUGACUAAUCAGAUUCCACUUCUCAUUUCACUUGCAUUUGCUUCAAACAAAAUGGUGACACCCGGUCAAGACAACCUGAUUGAUAAUCAAGAUCUGUAUCUGUAAUAAAACGGGUCUUACUUCGUGAAGUGCAUCAAAUCAUGUGACGGCCUUGAUUUAAAAAAUGAAAAGAUUUGGAAAAUAUCUGUUGAUGCGGAGUUGGUGGUACACAUGCUUUGCUAAUCCUGCAAUUAACCGAAAUCUGGACAGCAGUUGAUGAACUGGAAGUCGAUUUCGUUACACAAUGUUGAUUGGACUAUGCAUAGACUUGUGAGUCCAGCCAAAAUAUACUCCAUAAUUUUAGAUAUUUUAACAAUAUUCCAGCAAUAUCACAGUGGAGGACACCCGAAAUUGGCUCCACAUAUUGUACCCAUAAGGGGAAUCGAACCUGGGUCUUCGGCGUGAUGCACAAAUGCUUUAACCACUAGGUUAAACCACCACCCCUCAUCAGUCAUGAACCCCACUCAAUGCAUGACCUUUGUGUGAACUGAAACAUUGCCUGACAUUGUAGCACUGUGUACAGCAGACAGCCAAAAGGCUGUGGUGUCUUUCACACGUCAAGCAAAAACAUUAACAUUUGUACAGUGUAAUCCCAGAGCUCAUUGGUCUUCGGUGUGGUGGGAUAGCCCAGUGGUUAAAGUGAUCGCCACGUGGGUACAAUGUGUGAAGCCCAUUUUUGGUGUGAUAUUGCUGGAAUAGUGCUAAAAGUGAUGUAAGACCAUACUCACCCACUCAUUGGUGUGAGCCCUUGCUGGUGUCCCUCUCAUUGGAGCCAUGCUUUGCUUGAUUUGUCAGAAGAAAAGUGACGACACUGCAAAGUUGUACUUACGUAAGCUGUACUUAUGUAGUGUUUACAAACCUGUGAAGUAUUGGCGUGGCCGAUUGAUGUGUAUGCUUAUCUUUGUUUGUUUGUUGUUUAACACCGCACUUAGCAAUAUUACUGCUAUGAUCGUGGUCUGUAAAUAAUUGAGUCUGGACCAGAUGAUCCAGUGAUUGACUUCAUGAGCAUUGAUCUAUGCAGUUGGGAUACGAUGACAUGCAUCAGCAAGCCUGACCAUCUGAUCCCUAUUGAUGCCUCUAUGGGUUCCUGAAGAUAAAUUCUGACACUGAUCUUCAAGGGUGGUGUACUAACGUGCUAAGUGACCCAUUACCUGUGAAGCUGAUGUGUCAAGGGGAUCUAUGUUUCUCCGAUACUGCGUGACUUUGGUGUUUUUCAGGGGUCAUAACAGGAGCUCUGUCAUUGACAGUGACAGAACCUCUUCAGCAGACUGUUUACCUACUGCUCAAGUAAAUGUUUUUGCAAGUAUCUUAGAUGUUGGUUAUGUCUACGUUUUUGGUUGAGUGUGAGACAUGAUAGAGUUUCAUGCUGUUUAUACCUGUUACCAUGGUUACAGUUACACUGUGAUACUGUGCAAGAUAUUCGCAAUCAAACUCCACAUUUUUCUCCGAUAUUAUUUAUAUGCAGUCAAAAUAUUUAAUGUCAACAUAAUGGUUUGCCUUUAGUUGAAAUUGUCUUGGUAUGAAUCAAACUUGAGAACUAAAUUAUCCAUUUCAAUGAUGAGGUAUCACCGAUUCAAUACAACGAUAGUUUUCCAGAAUGUGAUUGUUAUGGAAUGUUAAAGAGUGGAGAACAAAUAAAAGUAAAUUUGUUGAA